AUUCCAUUUAAUGUAAUUUCCUUAUACUACACCCUCCUACAUGUAUAUAAGGGGAGGUAAAUAUUUUGUAAUGAUUCAUUGGAAAUAUACAAUUCUUCAUGGUAUCGGAGCCAUUCCUACGACGGUUCAAUCUUGAAGGCUUCGUCCCCGGUGAGAAAACCUCCACCGGGAAAGAUGAUAUUGAAUGGCUUCAACUAGAUGCCCUCAUUCAAGGAUGGAUUCUUUCAACCAUCAACGAUGAGGUUUCCGAUCUCAUCAUCUCCUCCACCACAUCUGCAGCAGAUUUAUGGAAAGCUAUACACAACCUAUUUCAUGACAACAAAGCGGCCAGAGCUAUGCAAUUGGAGCACCAAUUUUACAACACUGUCAAAGGCACGUCCACCAUCACAACUUACUGUCAAACCCUUCGGAAUAUUGCCGAUUGGUUGGACGAUGUGGAUGCCCCCGUCACCGAAAACCAGCUUGUUCUCCAAACCCUACGUGGUCUCCCGGAUGACCUUGGCAAGCAAGCCUCCUUCCUCCAAUUCCAAAAACCGCCGCCGACUUUCAUGGAAACGAGAUCGGCCCUUCUUCUCUUAGAACAACAAAAUCGGCCUCUCAUCAUUGCCGGCGAAGGAGGUUCUGCCCUCGCAGCCACCAUCUCUGGGCCGCAGGGUUUCGGCGGUGGAGCGAGCCGGGUGCAGGGCUUCGGCGGCGGCGGGCAGUCCCAGGGCAGCGGCGGCGGCCGUGGACAGACGGCUGGUGGUCGCGGAGGUCGCCUGUGUCCACAUUCACUCUCUCUCGUCCAUAGCCUCUUACAGAUCCUCUCGUCCAUUGCCUCUCUCCAGUUUGCUCAAAAAAAUACUACAAUUCUGAAAUCCACCAUCGCCAGAUCCAGGCAGACGCUGGACGCCGGAGAUAUAAAAAAGUUGAAGUCGAAGAAGAGCCUUCCGGUGACGAUAAGGUUGGAUACUAAGGUCAGAGUGAAGGUCGGAAGCCUGAAAACUAACAAAGUCGGCGACAGAGUCACCUGCGGCGGCAUCCGCGUGAGUGAAUGUUCCAUCGGGAAGGUCGCCGGCGAAAGCCACCGCCCCGGACGUGAAUUGCCAAGCUAAUGUCCGUGUGAAGAUCUGGAAAUGGACUUUCUAGGAAAAGGGAGAAGGAGGACGAGUUUAUCAUUUACAUUGUUUUUUA